GUCGGAAAAUGUGAAAAUGAGGGCAAUCUGAGACGCCGUUGGAGGCCGGGAAUUCUACUUUUGCCGUUCUCAGUCCACCCAAAACCAAAACCUCACAACCAAUUUUCCGGUGCUUUGCUGAUCAUCUGACGCACUGACCUCGAACCUCGAAUUGUAACCACGAAAUAAAUUAACAUGCUUCGCUGCCGAGUUAGUUGCAAUAACAGCGUUUAUUUUGAAUGGAGAAACGUGACUACGUGAGUGCUCACUUCAGUUCCUUGGACUUUCAUAAAGCGAUAGAGUUCGAGAGGAUUCUGAAGAUCGAAUUGGCGAAAUAUCACAAUCAAUUUGAAAAGAAACCCUGAUACAGUCCAACAUUUAAUGAAGAGUCGUAGCUCACACUACUAUCUACAUAGUGGUUUGCAAUAAAAUCAAUUUCAAGUUCGUUUUUAGGAAUUAUAUAUACUCGUCUCUGGAUUGUGAAGUACUUGCACCUGUUGUUUUCAAUUUAAACAUUUUAUGUGUGAAAAUGUCGAGAAUUUAUGGAAAGGUGGGAAAAACUUUGCCAAGUUAUUUGAGAUCAGCUUCGCAAAUGAGGGCACCCGUUUCUUCGAUUAAGACAAACUGUCACCAAGAUAUUCAACCCUGCCAUCAUCCUUAUCAAUCUGAAGAGAUGUCGUAUUUUUCGAGGACAUCUUGGUGCUCUAUUCACUCAGUGGCUGCCACAAAUCCAGAACCCGUUGAUAUCAAGGCCUCAGGGGCCCAAUCUCCAUCCCCUAAAGCAAAUCCUCCCUCGGAUGAGAAACCAAGCUUUGACAAACUCCAAGAAGUUGAAAAAACGCUAAUAGAUUCUUUGUCAAACAUAUUCCUACGGCCGAUGAAUUACAAAAUUUAUCGUGAUGAUUUAUUGUUCAUUGAUAACAUACGUGGUAAACGAACAACGAAUCUAUUCCAGUAUAUUCAACAGGCAGCUUUGCUUCGGGCUGCUGGCCAUGUAAAAUUUGCCUUUGUGAAGUUCAUCAUCCUCAACACCGACAUAUCCAAGGAAGAAGGAAGAAUCACAGUGAGAUGGAAAAUUGUAGGAAUUGGAGCGUUACAGGUAAUGCUACAAUUCUGGAAAUUUAAACUGUGGGACUGGAAGGGAAUAAUGGAACGUCAAGGUACAUGGUAUGACGGAGUUUCCUACUUUGACGUUGACUCUAACGGAUUAAUCUAUCAACACAUCGCGGAUAAGAUGAUGAUAGACAAGGAUAAGGACAUUCUCGUAAAAACUCCCAAGACGGUUUUAGCCGCAGGAUUGUUGGCAGCCUUGUUAUUUCCAGAAUCUAGUCUUCAUUGUAGCAGCUCAAAGUACUCUCCAAAGUCAAUCACGCUACUAAUGUAGUGAGUAUAGUAAUAUUAUACGUAGAACCGUAGAAAAAAUAUUUGCAUUUAUUAUGCUUUGUAUUAAAUUGAGACAAACUAGUCGCUCAUGGAAGAUUAUGGGCGUCCCUGUCAUCUUGUGAACAAUAAAACAUCCGUUAAAUCUAUGUA